UGCUGAAGCUUCUGAAUACAAAUUAAUAGUAAAUAAAAAAUAAAUGACGCGGAUUCAGAAGCGGUCUCCUCCCCCUCCUCCCCCCCCCUCCUCUCCAUCUCCUCUCUCCUUUCUCGACAGGCGGCAGGAUGGACGUCGUAAAUCAGAUGGUGGCCCAGGGUCAAUUCAGGGUGUUGAAGGUUCCUCUGGGCUUCAUUAAGGCCUUAGAAUGGUUUUUCGCCAUCUUUGCCUUCUCCACCUGUGGCAGUUAUUCUGGGAUGCUCCGGAUGGCGGUGGAGUGCAAGAACCGGACAGAGAGCGACCUGAGCAUAAAGGUGGAGUUUGAGUAUCCAUUCAGACUCCACCAGGUGUAUUUUGACGCCCCUACCUGUAAGGGCGAGAACAAGGAGCGUUUCUUCCUGGUUGGCGACUACUCCUCCUCGGCCGAGUUCUUCGUCACCAUCGGCGUCUUCGCCUUCCUCUACUCCACAGCGGCUCUCAGCAUCUACGUCUUCUUCUUUGAGAAGUACAAGGAGAACAACAAGGGCCCGCUGAUUGACCUGGGCGUGACCGGAGUGUUUGCCUUCAUGUGGCUGGUGAGUUCGGCGGCCUGGGCCAAAGGUCUGUCCGAUGUGAAGACGGCGACUGACCCGGAUAAAGUGAUCACUCUGAUCUCCGCCUGCGACGAAGAGGGGAACCGCUGCCGCGAAGUCCACGACCCGGUCAUGUCUGGACUCAACACCUCCGUGGCUUUUGGUUUUAUUAACCUGAUCCUGUGGGUGGGAAACCUCUGGUUCGUCUUUAAGGAGACGGGCAUCAUUGCUCCCUUCAUGCGAGCUCCACCUCCUCAGGAGAAACCUGCUGCACCAGACGCUUACAGCCAGCAGGGAGCGUACGAACAAGACCCAUACGCCAGCAACCAGGGAGGCUACCAACCCGACUACAACCAGCAAGGAUACAACCAGCAGGAUGCAGAGUACGGUCAGGGCUACGGCCAGCAGGGGGCGCCCACCUCCUUCUCCAAUUAGAUGUGAACUGACAGAAAGCGUCGGAGUGAACCAACAGUGGGUCGUCUGCAACCUGCCCACAAUGCAACACUCCUGUCUGUCUGCAAAAUUAAUGGGUGGGGGGAGGGAGGUUACAAGGGUGGGGUGGGGGGUUAGAUGUUCACUAUAAUGACUCGAUGUGUAAAUGAUAAAAAAUAGUUAUAAAUAACAAAUCCACAACUUGAACAAAACAACAACAACGCUGACGAAUAGAAACCUUCUGAAACAAGUGAUGAUGUUGAUAAGAGUUAUUCAUAUUAAAGUACAUAAUCUGUGGAGAGAAUGUAUGUUUGUGUUGUAUAGAUAUCACUUUGAACAGAUAUAUUAUAUAGAAUGAACUGUUUAUUCCUGUUUCCUAUUGAACCCAAUGAUAUGCCCUGCCCCCGGUCGUAUACCCCGCCCUCUUGAUAUACCCCGCCCCCAAAA